ACUCACACACAGGCCAUAUGACUGAGUCAAGCUCAGUUUUUAGUUUGUAGCAGAGUUGAGAUAAGGCUUUCUGGGAAACAUAGUCUGGUUGGACGGCAUUCCGUUUCGAAAUAACCAUGUGUGCUCAGCAACUGGGACUUUCUUUAACACUCUAAGACACUUGGAUAUUUAAAGUCAGCCUUCUAAGAUGUCCCUGAUGGCCACGUCUGCCCCCCGCUCGUCUGUGUUUACGUUUGAGUCUACAGUGCAUUCCUCCCAUGUGCUGCGUCGUCUGGACGAGCAGCGUUGCCGGGACACGUUGUGUGAUGUUACCGUGGUGGUGGAAGGUCAGAGUUUCAGAGCCCACCGUUCGGUGCUUGCUUCCUGUAGCGAAUACUUCACACACAAGAUCUCCUCCCUCACACAACAUGGAGCAGUCAUCACUCUGCCACAAGAGGUGACAGCUGCUGGCUUUGAACCCUUGCUGAAGUUUGCCUACACAUGCAAACUUCUCUUCGGGAAAGACGAUGUCUUAGACAUACGCAACUCAGCUUCUAUUCUUGGUUUCAGAGACCUAGACGAGGCAUGCUUUGAUUUCCUCCUCCCUAAGUUCUUCAGCAGCCAGGGCUCUGCCCCUGUUCUGAGGAAGACCUGUUGCAAGAAGAAAUGUAAGAGGCGUCUAUCAAAGGAAGAUUGUGGCAAUGACUCUGAUGACGUAUUGUUGGAAGAUAAAGAUGUCAAACCAGUUGCUGACUCACCAUCUCAGCAGGAAGUGGCUAAAACCAGCAAAAUGGGAAGUCAGGGCAGCACAGGCACGCCUACACCUGUAGCUGAAGGGACAAAUGAACAUUUUAUGCAGUGCCCUAAGUAUCGCAAGUUCCAGCUGGCUUGUGGGAAAGAAAAUUGUGCCACAGAGAAAAAUCUGAACAAUCCAGUUACUGUGAUCAAGGAGGACUGUGACCUCUCCUGCUUGCCCUACUCAAGCAGUGUGAACAGUAAGAAUGAAACUGACGAUAAAAUCUCUGGCAAUUCAACCUCAACUUCCACCAGGCAGAGCAAAGGAGAAGCCGAUGAGCCAUGGAAAACUGAAAUACAUGACAAGAAAGCAGAGGAUGGUGUGGACAGAGGGGAGGGGGAUAUGUUUGAGAGGGACCCAAAUGAAAGGCAGGCGAAAUGGAGUAUGGAGGAAACAGAGAUGGUUGUAGAGGAAGACAUCAGCUCUUUGCACACACCCAAUGCAGAGGCAGUCCCUGCAGGGCCAAGCACAGUGCAGGGUGAGAGGUCAUCAGGGUUAAUAUUGCACCAGUGCCCCCUGAAGACCUUUAGUGAGGGACUAGCAAUCACUCGGUCACUGGGGCACAAGAGGUUUGUCAUGGACAUCGCAGAGCGAGAAAAAACAAGGGACUGUGGUUUAUUAGCCCCAGUUUCCAUUCAUGCAAAUGCAGGGGAACAGUUAGAAUUUGAGCAAGAAAGCGGACAGGCAGGAAGCAUGGAGAGAGCCUCCAUGUCCAUGAAUAAUGCCAGAGAAAGGAGCACGGUAGAAAGGGAGGUGGCAGAGCACCUGGCCCAGCGGCUGGGCUUCCAGGAGCCUGAGACAGGUAGUUCCUCUGAUACAGGGAGCACAAGGCCACAGAACGCAUCUUUAGAGUGGCUGAAGUUCUACGAAACCAGCUCCACAAGCACCAGCUGUCCCCUUUUCCAGGAUCUGGACCAAAGCAAAUGUUUAUGGAAGGGACAAGAGCUGUCUGAGUGUGAGGGAGCAUCUCAGUCAGGUGUGUCAUCCCUCAACUCAGGGGAGGACGGAGACUCAGAGACAGAAACAGAAGGAGACAGCGAGUCCUACACAAGAGAGAGGGCCAGACAGGUGCAGUUGCCAUUCUCUGUAGAGUGGAUUGUGGAUUUAAGCAGAAAUGACUUCCAACAUCUGCUGAAACAACAGGUCUUCACGCGUGACCAGCUGGAAUUUGUCCACGAUAUGAGACGCCGUAGCAAAAACCGUCUCGCAGCUCAGCGCUGCCGCAAGAGGAAACUAGAGUGCAUACAUAACCUGCAGUGUGAAAUCAACAAACUGAAAUCAGAGAGAGAGAAACUGAUGACAGAGAAGAGCCAUCUGAACCAGCUGAAGUCAAAAACGUGUCACAGUGUCUCCACGUUAUGCCAGAGGAUCUGCAACGAAGCCAGCCUGCAGCCAGAACAGCUCCAGGUGUUAUCCAAAUACACCUCCACAGAUUGCCCUCUGUCAUCUUUCUUUCCUCACAUAGACACGCUCCUUUCACAGCCGGGGAUGCCUCUCGAGCCUCAGGCUUCGCUCUCGGCCCGUUUCGUGGGCCUUGAUAUGGCGUCUGAGGAGGCUUUGUCCAGCUCCACAAGGGAUACAGACACAGGAGAUGGUCAACGUUAGCUGUAGACACACAUGAAGCACACUUAAUUGCAGCUUGGCACAAAACCCAUAGUGUCUGUUAUGAUGUCAAAGUGGUGAUUAAAAUACUUCACCCUUAAAAUAUCAAUUUUUAUAUCAGCUACACACCCCGUGUUACCUUGAAUUCUGAAAAAAACUUUGUUUUUCUCGCAAGCCUCCAAGGUGAAUGGAGAAAAAGUACACACUGUUGUUAAACCCUGUCCCUAUUGACUUGAAUUGACUAAGGAUUGACUUAGUGAACUGAGUUUUUGGUAAGAAAAACAAAGUUUUCUUCAAGAAUUCGAGGUAACAUGGGGUGAGUAACUGAUACAAAUGGUCAUUUUAAGGAUGAUCUAUACCUUUAAACCAAAGGUUCCCACCCUGCAUCUUACAUUAUCUAAAGACAUUACCUCAGACUGUGGACUGAGUACAGGCUGCACUUUAAAGCACACUCAUCAUAAUAUGAUGAUAAAUUUAUAAUGAGAAGGCCAUGAUCAGCACAAAUGUUAACUAACUCUCGCUACCUUUUCAAUUUAAAACCUAAUUCCAGAAGGUCAGAAAUGCAUUCCAAAACCAUUCAUUUUACUUUUCUACCAAUUAUAAAAGUCAAAAUGACGUUCUGUAGUGAGUGACAAUCACAACUUGAAUCAUAAAUCAAAGGGAACAAUGGUCUCUCUAUGUUUAUAAUGUGCUUCGCUGCUUGAUUACCUCAGGAUAACACAAUAAAACCUUAUAUAUAUAUAUAUAUAUAUAUAUCAAUGUUUAAAAACAUUUUGAUACAGGUUCUCAGGUGUAAAUAGGAAAAUAAUGCAUACAAUACCUCUUGCAGACAGUGUUUUUUCUGCACUCACUAUGCAGUGCAACACAAAACAGCAUUUUGUACCAAAACCAGACAACUCAAUAAAUAGACCUGACAUAGUGUGCCAUGUUUACCUUCUGGUCAUAUGUCUGGCUCAUAUUUCAGGCUGUCAUUGUGGUCAACAGACCACAGUGACACAGCUCCUCUAAGGCGGCUCACAGCUCUCAGAGCUUUGCUUUGACUCGCUAAAACAGACGUCACACAGUUGACUAAAUUAGUUUAAAGUGCUGUCUGAAGAAAGUGCACCUUAGCAGAGCUUUUAUACACGAACAAAGUACACUUUUCUGAGAAAAGCUGCCUCACUCUUUGUAAUGAAAAUCAUUCCUCCUACAUUAUGUGUCUGUCCUGUAUUGAGCAGGAAAUGGACUCUAUUUUCUGGUGCUCUCACCUGAUUAUCACUAACCCUUAUCUAAAUUACACUCAAGGGUCAAGUCAACAAUGUAGCAUUAACAUGAACGCAAUAUGAACAUAUUUAUGUGUAUAUUUUGUUCUACCUUUACUUUCAAAAGCAUAACUGAAUCUAUUUUUGUCAUCCACACAUUUAUUAAUCAAAUUUGUGAAGCUUUUCUGUAGAUUUUUACCUCUAACCUUUUACCUAUUUUCUCCUUCCCAUUGUAGAACUUUGACAGUCAUUCCCUCCCCCCACCCCCAAAAAACCCCAACUUCCUCAUGAUCAAGUUUCACUGUAUUAUAUGUGCAUAUAUUUAUAUAUUUCUUUUCUUUUCUUGUCAAGAUAAUCAUCACAGUGCAGCUGACUUAAAAUGAUUUGUGUAAAAUAUGAAAUAAUGCAGUAAAGACCAAAAAAAUCAGGUAUACAUUGUUUUUAUUAAGAUUUAGAUUCCCUUGUUAGUCCCAUAAUGGGGAAAUUCAAACUCUGCAUGUAACAGAUCCUUUUUACACACGGAUGAGCCAUGCUGAGUAACCACAUUGUAUUUCUGAGGAAAGUGAGGGUUGAGGAUGUUAUUUACGUCACUAAAUGGUAAGAAUGUUUUUUUUUCUCCCACUGAGCCGACUACAGACUGCACAUUCACAAGUAAUGCAUAAUAACACUGGUGCUUAUUGCCCUCUAGUGGCAGUGCCUGCACAUUUAAUAGACAACAAGCUGGAAUGAUGUAUAUUACAGUAAGGCUACAUACUGCACAAAUUUCUCCACUGCUGUGUUCCUUGUAUUUUAAUGCACACAAAUAACUGUAUAUUUCUAUGAUAAUGUCUGAAUGCAUUUUUAAGCAAAAGUGAAACAGAACCAAUCAACAUUAAAACAGAAAAUA